GUGGGGCUGAUAGGUGGGGCCACCUGGAGGAAGAGUUGAGGGAAGUGAGAGACUGAGGUGGGGCUGGAGGAGCCUGAAAAGCAGAAGUGGGAGGAAGCAGAGCUGCGUGGAACAGAUCCAGAAACAGCAUGUACUCACCCAUCCCCCAGAGCAGCUCUCCGUUCCCACCGACCGUGAAGCUCCCUGGCCUGCACAUAUGGAGGGUGGAGAAGCUGAAGCCAGUGCCAGUGGCCCCUGAGAACUACGGCAUGUUCUUCUCGGGAGACUCCUAUCUGGUGCUGCACAAUGGCCCUGAAGAGCUCUCCCACCUGCACCUGUGGAUCGGCCAGCAGUCUUCCCGGGACGAGCAGGGGGCCUGUGCCAUGCUGGCCGUGCACCUCAACACCCUGCUUGGAGAGCGGCCCGUGCAGCACCGAGAGUCACAGGGCAAUGAGUCCGACCUCUUCAUGAGCUACUUCCCCCAUGGCCUCAAGUACCAGGAAGGCGGCGUGGAGUCGGCGUUUCACAAGACCUCCCCAGGGACCGCCCCGGCCGCCAUCAAGAAACUCUACCAGGUGAAGGGCAAGAAGAACAUUCGUGCCACCGAGCGGGUGCUGAGCUGGGACAGUUUCAACACAGGGGACUGCUUCAUCCUGGACCUGGGCCAGAACAUCUUUGCCUGGUGUGGUGCGAAGUCCAACAUUCUGGAGCGGAACAAGGCACGGGACCUGGCUCUAGCCAUCCGGGACAGCGAGCGGCAGGGCAAGGCCCACGUGGAGAUCAUCACCGAUGGGGAGGAGCCUGCUGACAUGAUCCAGGUCUUGGGUCCGAAGCCGUCUCUGAAGGAGGGUAACCCUGAGGAAGACCUCACAGCUGACCGGACAAACGCCCAGGCUGCGGCUCUGUAUAAGGUCUCUGACGCCACUGGGCAGAUGAACCUGACCAAGCUGGCCGAUUCCAGCCCCUUCGCCCUCGAGCUGCUGAUACCCGACGACUGCUUUGUGCUGGACAACGGACUCUGCGGCAAGAUCUACAUCUGGAAGGGGCGCAAAGCUAAUGAGAAGGAGCGGCAGGCGGCCCUCCAAGUGGCCGAGGACUUUAUCGCCCGCAUGCGGUACGCCCCAAACACUCAGGUGGAGAUUCUGCCCCAGGGCCGCGAGAGUGCCAUCUUCAAGCAAUUCUUCAAGGACUGGAAAUGAGGGCGGGCGUCUCCCUGCCCCUACCUCCUACCCACCUGCUCCUCCUCUGGCCUCCUGGUCAGUGCUGAGGUGCCCCUGCCCGUGGUCAAUAAAGGAGACCAGUGCUUUUCUUGC